GUCAACUUUGAGCAAUAUGAUGGGAUCAUCACGUUUACAAAUAUCAACAACCACCACUGGAGGUUUGUGUUUUUACAUGCAGAGACUGACAGCCUUUUCAUUCUUGACCCUCUAAGGGGUGUAAAUGAAAUGAGAGCCGCCCAAGAUGCAUGCCAUAAGUUUGGAGCUUAUUUCCACAUGAGAAGACAAAACUAUGGAAGGCAAGACUUGGUGGACAUAAAAUGGAAACCGAGCACAAUUGAGCAUUCAUUUCAGGAGGACGAUUCCAGCUGUGGUGUUUUUAUAAUGCUGAUGGCCAAACAGGUGGUGGAACAGUUCCCAAAAAUCCCUGAAAACAUUGACAUCACACCCAGCAAGGAAAUGAUGUGCGAGUACAGAAAGAAUUUGGCCGAAGAAAUAUUGCUGGCAUCAGUGUCAACAGCGGAGUACUGCUCUGUGUGCGGAAAACACAAUGACCAGAGUCAAGAUGAAUGCAUCUGGAUCCAAUGCAAAGUAUGCCAGAGAUGGUUUCAUCUUUACUGCCUCAGGAUGAUUCUGCCACCAGAAGAACAACCAUGGAUUUGUGAAUUGUGUUUGUAAGCUAUUCAAUCUGUAUUGACUCUUUGGUGUAAUAUGCGAAUAGUUACUCGUUUUGCUGCACUUACUACAACAGAUUGAACGUUUGGAAUUAAAAGUUGAAACAAAGUUAAAAUGAUUAACUGACAUGCUGUCAUGUAUAUUGGAAACUUUAGAUAGAAGUUAUCUGUUAUGAUACUUGUUAUAGAUUUGACUUUUUUUUGUUAGUCUAGAACCUUAAUGCUUUGCAUAGAAUCAAUCGAGUUCACGCUAUUUUCAAAGCCUUAUUUGCAACUACAAAUCAAUAUUUAAUGUUUUUUUUGUCAUUUAUAGGCUGGUUUAGUGUUUGAAAUUUAAAAAAAAAUGUCUGAGGUGCAGGGGAUGUUGUGUUGUUUGUUGAAAAUGUUUUGUGUACAUAUGGAUGGUUUGUUGGCCAAUAAAUUCUGUUCUUCUUUAAACACAAA